GACGCCUAAGAUGUCUGAAAUAACAACGACGAGAGAGAACACAAUAUUCAUUGAUAAACAAGGAUCAUUUAUCUCCUGAUACAUUUGUAAUGUAUUUUGGAAACAAUUCAUGAUCGUUUUUUUUCAAUCUACGAUUAGCGGCCGUGGUUGAAACAGAAAUGUUUAUCGGAAUUCUUUAAAGCACAAUCGCGUAACGGUGUCAGCGAUAUGUAUUUUCAAGUGGAAUUCGAUAAUUUUCACAAUUUCACAAAUCUGCUUGUGCUAAAUUGUUUGGAGAUGAAGUUUGCCUGUCGCCGUCGGGUUUCGUAUUUCAUCGAGAGGAGAUCCUAAAGGAGGUUCUCAUAUGGAAGCAUGGAGUGGCCAGAAGAUUUUCCCGAUGACCAAGCCUUUGUUGAGCUGGUGGUCCCUGCACACUCCAGCGAGAUAGACUUUGAGCAUCUCGUCAAAGACAUCGAAGAGAAACUCAAACUCAAUGCCAACAGUAUUGAACAGCAUCUGGUGGAACUCCAAGCCAAAAUGGGAGACUUGCAUCCAGGCGAACGUCCGCCCAGCCCGACAGAGUGCAUGCGGUGGUUCGAUCUCAAAAUGCUCAACAGUGUCAGCACGGGGCAUCAGGAACUCAUGGCCUUCUUCACUUGCUUGCAAGACUACCUGAGGUCAAAAGAGGAAGGAAGAGAGGAUGCCACUCUACAGCUAUUACUCAACCUCUCAUCCCAGAGGGGUAUCUGCUUCCCUUGUACCCCAUCUUCAUCCUUGUCUUUCGCUCAACAUCAUCUCCUUGCCACUCCCUUUCCCUUGUUACAUACAAUCAAAGAUGACUCUUCAUCUGAGAUCCAGGUAGCAUGGGAAGAUGUGCGUCUUCAGCUCCGCUGCUAUCUGUUGGAGCGUCUGUCGACCGAAAGCCAAACGACUCGCGCAGUACCUUCCUUGUCCAUCAAUCAACGAGUCCACCGCCUGCAGCAGCUGUGCUUCUUGUACCCUGAGUGUGAAGUGCUCACUCAUUACCAGGAAGUAAGAGGCCAAGCCAUGCUUGCUCUCCUGCACUGCGCCAUGUCCUCCAGUCCAGCUAAUGUCACCGGCUUUGACAGAGUGACUGUGGCCUUUCGCUCGGUGGUCCCGGCUCUCACCCAGGCCCUCACAGAAGACCUCCACAUCCUUCCGAGAGUAGUUGAGCAGGACGCCAUCUUGGGCUUCCUAAAUGCAUCCUACCUCCGCCCUUUGGCUCGUGAAUUGACCUCUCUGAUGGAGAGAGAAUGUGAGACAGCUUUGAGGGACAACACCAUGCCCGGCAGCAAGAUAAAAAGAUACUCAUCCAAGUCUCGUGCAACAGUCGCGCCAAUGGAGGUUCCCGUGAAAAGUAGAAGCUUCAGUUUGACCUCCCACCAGCUGAGGGCCUUAACCCAGCUGGCUUGCACACUGCUGGCCUAUGAGAGCAACGUCAAAGAGAUGGUCACCAACAUGACCUUCAUUAAUUGUACAGGCGAGGCUCCCUGCGUAAAAGGCAUCUUGAAAAAGGGUAAAGAGGAGUCAGACAUGGCGAGAUUAGGCAAGACAUUUACAACACCAACUUUUCACACGUCGCAGGUUCUGGACUUUGAUUGGCGGUCGGCCUUUAGUGGGCUGGUUCCUCAUAUGGCUCACUGUGUCAAAGUGGUGCUGGAUGAUGUUUGUACUAAAAGUCUUCAGCAGGAGGAAGCCCUCCAUUCUUCGGGUCACUACUCCCUCCUGAUGGAAAAUUUAAGUGGACAUAGGAGCAUCAAUGAUGGCGACAUGAAUGUUACUCAGAACAAAUUUGAUGCCUACCCAGAGAGAGACUCUCCUACCGUGGUAGCUAAGUUUUGUGUUCCACUGGUUGAGGAGCUGGAUGCCUUACUACCUCUGGCAGCUGCCUGCCGGGACAGCUCUCUGCUGGAGGUUCGAUCCAGCUUUGUGGAGGCGUGUAGCCAGGGAGCGUUACGCGUGCUGGGCCGCUUAGAGCAGAGAGCCCUGGAAGUCCCGUCCUCUCUACCACUGAGGAACCUGCCUGUACUGUUGGCCACUUGCAUUUACGUACUCCAACGAUUGGAACGCUACAAUGCACGGCUGAAGGACUCAACCUCUACUUUAGCCAAAGUGCAUCUUGGUCUGCUGCCUGUCCAGAAGUACCAGCAAGCCGUCGAGGCCUUAAAAGAUCAACUGAGCAGCUAUUGUAUCCAGGUUUGUUCCACGUGUGUGCUUCAGGAUGCGGAGAGCCACCACUGGGCUGACCCCAAGCCCUUUUAUGAGGGUGAGCGCUGUUCCUUCUCGGUGCAGAUGUGGUUCUACUUCCUGUGUGGUCUCCGUAGUGAUCUGUGGGCUGUUCUCCCGCCACAGUUGGCCAAAGAGUUGCUGGGCCAGGUGCUGUCGGACACGUUACAGGUGCUGGUGCAAAGAUACGCCAGGGCCCAGCCAUCCUAUAAGAGACACCUGCAGAUAAGAAGUGACAUCACAGCAGUGCUGCUCUUUGUGGAGCAGCUGAUGUGGAGUGUGUGUGACAGUCCCGAGGCCUUGCUCCGCCGGGACCCUUCUUCGGCGAUCACCAUAAUAGCGGGAGGAUCCGACUGGCCCUACCAGAUCCAUAGCUUGUGUGAACAACUCCUGACAGUCCUCGUCAUUGGCACGGCACCGCUAACUUUGCUAUAUAGAACAUUUAUGGACAAUGAUUCGCGGGAGUCAACGCUACACCAGUUGGACUGGCCUGUGGUACACUGGCUAAAUGCUCUCGAACCAAAAGUCUACACACAACAAGCCAUCCAAGACGGCCUUAUGGGCCAGGAAGCCUCUGCAUGUCAGCUCCGACUGCUGACCUCUGACCCGGGAAGCAAUCCCAGGUUGCUACUGCGAAUGCUGCUUCACAGAGACUGUCACCUGCCCCGUAUGCUCCUGGAAAACUCUUAUUUUUGCCUUGAGAACCAGCUAGAAAUAUCUCCACAGGAACGCAGAGCGGGAGAUGGCUUCCUCGUGGCACUUUUCAACAUUUGUACCUGCCUAAAUGUCAGCCCCAAGGCCUUAACUCAGGUCCUUCAACCAUACCUGGAGAGUCUGCACGUAUGGGAACAUCUCUACACUCUGCCAGAAACGAUGCAGGAAGUGCCCGUCGUGGUGGACUGUAUCAGGGUAAUAGUCACCAAGUCUACCGACACCCUUCUGACUCACUUGGUUACCAUGGUGACAUACUGGCAGGCCAAUGAGGAGCCCGGCGCAGCUUCGUCGGUCAGAGUUGUUCCAGAAAGUGUCUUGGCUAAGGUGCCCAAAAGCUGGAACUACAGACAAGUAGAAGCACGAGGACGGGAGACUGGGAAGGGAGACUCUUCGUCUAAGACUGUCACAUCCCUGGCCAUUCAAGCCAUGUCCUUCAUUUUCACCAACCUGCCACUGGUUGUAGCGUCCUUGCCCCUCCCCAUCCGCUACCUCUUCCAAGCGGCAGAGCAACACCUCUCUCAGCAUGCCCGGCAACUGCGCUCAAUGGGCCUGUUGCUGUGGUGCCUGUUUAACUGCCUGAUCCGCAGUCUCGGAGAGCCGCGCGCACUUGAAGGAAUCAGCGGGCUAGCCCUGAACUGUCAGGCCAAGGAUCGGCUGGCCCUGUUGGCCGAGUGUCUGCAGGCGUCAAUGGGGAUUCAACAGAAGGGUGUGCCCAAACCCACCGUGCACAAGGUGCUGCAGGCUCUGGAGGAAAAGAGACCAAAGUGGAUGAACAUGCAGCUGCAAAAGGCCCGUAAACUCUGCAUAAACAGCGUCCACGAGCGAGGCAGCGAAAGCGGAAUGGCUGCAGCCGAACUGACCGAGCAGAAAAUGGGCCUGAUGCUGCUGGAGGUCUGCCACAAAGCAGGGGGCAGCGACUACCUGAGGCACAUCCAUCACAUCAUCCAAGGCAAUGAGGAUUUGCUGAUGUCCAAAUUGAGUGGGAACACGGACUUGCUCCGUGAUACACCUUGCGUGGUGAGCUUUGAUGUGGGUGAUUGUUUGCGCACCACCAAAUUCAACCCCCUUGAGCAGUUUGACCGAAUUGGCAAAAAGAAGAUGAAUCAGGUUGCAAUGGUCGAGUGGGCGUGGGAGUGGACAAGGCUGCUGCCAGCAUAUCAGGACAUGUGUCAAAUCACCUUCAAAACUCUUCUGGCCAACAGGUGGGAGAUGCAGGAUGGUGCAGAGCUGGAAGACGAGGAGAAAAUGAUGGUAGAAGAACUCCGACGAGCCUAUUUUGUUUGCCGCUGCGACGCGGGACCGCAGGAGUCUCGUGAAGCAGAUGAAACGACGGCUGAGCGGACCCAAGGGGGGACCGCAACCGGCCGAUAAAAACUGCUGCCCAAUAACAGUCCGAGCAGUUGGAAUUUUUAUCAUGCUGUAAAUGUUUAGUUGUAAUGCGCACUUGCAGCUCUCACGGUAUUAGAGUGUGUGUGUGUGUGUGUGUGUGUGUGUGUGUGUGUGUGUGUG